GUGAGCUGUCUCAUAAAGCCGUUUUAUGGAUACCCAUUCAAUUCCUGGCCCCGCUAAUAAUUGUAAUGUGUCGCCGCACACACACUCUGGUCACACGAGAGGGCAUGUGCUCGUUUCCAUCCACUAAUAAUAUCGCUCCGGUACGAACACCUGUACUUGUCCGGAAGUCAGGUAACACCACAUAUAACCGACACAGUGUGCCUCAGCUCGGCGUAUACGGGUUCCGUAAAACCUUUUCCGUUAACGUUCGGCGGAUUCCCCGAUUGGUGAUGAAUAGAUCCCAAUCUCAGAUUUCACCUUCAUCCACUCGAUCAUUCGAGACAGCUGCACAGUUGUACUACAG